AUGCGCGCCAAUUCUUUGCUUGUCUCGGGGCUUGCUGCUUGUGCUGCGGCUGCUCCUGAAAAGGCAAAGGAUGACUUUGCUGCCAAGUGCGCCGGCUUCAAGUCUUCGUUGAAACUACCCAACACCAAGGUCUGGUUCACCGAACAUGUGCCCGCCGGUAAAAACCUCACCUUCCCUGAUAACCACCCAACAUGUACUCCCAAGAGCCAGGUUGUCGAUGUUGAGCUCUGCCGUGUGGCCAUGCACGUCACGACAGGUCCCGCUUCCAACCUGUCCCUCGAAGCUUGGUUGCCUUCAAACUGGACCGGACGAUUCUUGAGCACCGGAAACGGUGGUAUGGCUGGAUGUAUUCAGUAUGGAGAUGUGGCAUACGGCGUUGGGUUCGGCUUCGCUACCGUUGGUGCUAACAAUGGCCACAACGGAACAUCAGCCUUGCCCAUGAAGGGCAACUCUGGUGUCGUGGAGGACUAUGUCUACCGCUCGGUGCACACGGGCACCGUUCUUGGAAAGGACAUCGCCAAGCAGUUCUACGGCAAGAAGCACACCAAGUCUUACUACCUUGGUUGCUCGACCGGUGGACGACAGGGAUGGAAGGAGGCGCAGAGCUUCCCCGAUGACUUUGACGGUAUCGUGGCUGGUGCUCCUGCGAUGCGCUUCAACGGGCUGCAGUCCCGCUCGGGAAGCUUCUGGGGUAUCACUGGUCCCCCCGGAGACCCAGCUCAUCUCAGCCCCGAGGAGUGGGACAUGGUUCACAAGAGUGUUCUUGUCCAGUGCGAUGUCCCUCUUGACGGUGUUGAUGAUGGUAUCAUCGAGGACCCUAACCUGUGCCAAUACCGACCCGAAGCCAUUGUCUGCACCAAGGGCCAGACCAAGAACUGCCUGACUGCCCCCAAGAUUGAGACUGUCCGCAAGGUUUUUGGCCCCCUGUACGGCAACAAUGGAACCUACAUCUACCCCCGAAUCCCACCUGGUGCCAAUGCUGGCUUUGGCUUUGCCAUUGGAGAGACGCCUUUCCCUUACUCUACAGAAUGGUUCCAGUACGUUAUCUGGAACAACACCAACUGGAACCCCGCACAAAUCGGCCCCGAUGACUAUGAGAAGGCCAACGAGGUGAACCCCUUCAACGUCCAGACCUGGGAAGGCGACCUGUCCAAGUUCCGCGCCCGAGGCUCCAGAAUCAUUCACUGGCACGGUCUCCAGGACGGUCUCAUCAGCUCCGACAACUCUAUGGAGUACUACGACCACGUCUCUCGCACCAUGGGUCUGAGCAACACCGAGCUGGACAAGUUCUACCGCUACUUCCGUGUCAGUGGCUGCGGUCACUGCUCCGGGGGCGACGGUGCUAGUCGCAUUGGAAACAACAUUGCCAACCUGGGCGGCAAGGACGCAAAGAACAACGUUCUCUUGGCUAUUAUCAAGUGGGUUGAGGAGGGUGUUGCUCCCGACACCAUCACCGGCAUGCGCUUUGCCAAUGGAACUUCCAACGGCAAGUUUGAGUACGAGCGCCGACACUGCCGCUACCCUUACCGCAACGUCUGGGACCGCAAGGGAGACUGGAAGAACCCCGACAGCUGGAAGUGUGAGUGA